UACAUGUUUCUACACAUUACAUGUUUUUAAAAAUUUGUACAGAGAUGUUACAUUUAUGCUGCCAAGGCUGAAAAGCAGAGGAAUCAAGAGUGCUUCCAAAUUUCCACCAGAAGAAUAUACGCAAGUUAGAAAGACAACUGGUCCACAGAAAAAGAUGAAAGACAAGGUCAUUUAAAGCACAUACACUGCCUGGAUCCAAAGGAAGUUACGAAUGCAGAUGACACAGACCUGCAGAGACCAGAUGAAGAAGCUAUUAAAGAGAUUCCAGAAAAGACAGGAGCAGCCUUAGAGAAACCGUAUGGCAGAAGGUUGCCACAGCCAGGCCACUGGGCGCAGCUGAUAAAUUGGCUCAUGCACACUAUAUGCGAUACAGCUCAGAAAGGAGCGGCUUUCAACACUCGAGCUACAAAGAGGGUUAUUCUGAUAGCAGAAAUGCAGACAGAUAACAUGGAGCCACCAUGGUUAAAGACUAACAAGAAAAUUCCCCAGGGACCACCUUCUCCUCCUGCACCUGUCAUAUGUUCCCCUGGCAGAGAGAUGACUGUAAGGGAACAAUGGGAGUGGAAGAUUCCUCCCUGUAUUUCUAACUGGAAAAACGCAAAGGGUUACACGAUCCCACUGGACAAACGUCUGGCUGCGGAUGCAAGAGGACUACAGACAGUACACAUCGGUGAGAAGUUUGCCAAACUCACCCAAGCCCUCUACACGGCUGAACGUAAGGCUCGAGAAGCUGUGGAAAUGCGUGCCCAGGUAGAGAGAAAGAUGGCUCACAAAACAAAGGAGAGACGUGAAGAGAAACUCAGAGAAAUGGCCCAGAAAGCCAGGGAGAGGAGAGCUGGGACCAAAACCCAUGUGGAGAAAGAGGAGAGGGAGGAAAUCCGGCAUGACAGGCGAAAAGAGAGACAGCGUGCCCGGAACCUGUCCACGGCAGCGCCAGAGAAGAGGCUGAAAGUACAGAGAAACGGAAUUCGGGAUGUGACCGAAGUCACUGCUCUCAGUAUGUUCAAUCCUCGGACAUCCAGUGAAGUUCAGUACGACCAUAGGCUCUUUGACUGAUCCCAAGGGGUGGACAGUGGAUUUGCAGGUGCACAAGAUGAACUUUACAAUGUUUAUGAUGGAGCCUGGAGAGGUGGUCAGGGCAUGGCCCAGAUCAUUUACAGGCCCAGCCAAAAUCUGAGCAAGGACGUGUGUGCUGAUGACCUAGAAGCCAGAAUAAAGAGCAACAGAUUUCUUCCCGACCAGGAGGUUUCUGCUUCAGACCCAAGGCAGAGAGGCCGAGAAGGACCAGUUCCGUUUGAGGAAGAUCCUUUUGGGUUGGGCAACUUUUUGGAAGAAGCCAAACGGUACGGGGCCUCUAAGCGACCCUCAGAGAGCAGCAGCCCCAGGGAACGUGAGCACGAACGCAAGAGGAGGAGGAAGGAACAGACGCACAUCUCUUCAGAGUAAACGAACUAUCACCCAGAAACCUGAGGAUGUGAAUCUUAGGGGGGCCCAGUUUGUAAAGGCUCAGGAUGAAAACCCAGUCCGGGUGCCAGAUUCCAGCGCUUCUUUAUAUCACGGCAGAAAGGGGGAUCACAACUUUCUACUUAGAAUUAUUUAAUUUUGUACAAAGCGUAGGUUGUGUUUGUGCUUCUCUUGCCUUUGGACAUCUGUAGAACACACUGCCCCACACACGAAAUUAAGAACAUUUUUUUAGUGGGGCUCUUGU